AUGAUUGUGUUUGCAUCUCGCGUGCUGCAUAGCGCCAUGUUGGCGUUUGCAGCUACAAUUGCAACGACAAGCGUGUCGGCUUUCACUCUCACUCAUCAACAUUGCAAUACUGCAUUCGCCAUGUCGACCUCACCACACGGCGCGGUGAAGCACACCGCAUCGUCCCUUCCACCCUUCAAAGGCAAGGGGAACAGAGGCUGGCUCUCCAAGGCAGAAUGCCAACAAGUUCUAGCUUGCGCCAAUACGGAAUACGACAUGCUUCGGCAGCAGAUCAAGUUGACCGGCCAGCAGCAAAUCUUCGGGGGUAAAGCGCUGCUUCGCCAAAACUUGAAUGAUUUCGACCCAGAUGGCGCUCACCGCGCGCGCCUUUGGGCUGAAGUCGAAAGCAGCAGCCCCCUCUUCGCGGAACUGUUCUCUGGCACUCGCCAGAACUGUGACUCAUCGACGUGGAACCAAUUUCUCGGCAGAGUCAAAUACAGUAUGCUCAAAAACUUGAGCAAAAGAUCAGAGAGCGCGUACAGCGAUGACUCAGAAUUCACGGACACGACGCAAGGUACGAUCUCGUCCGGCGGAAAGAUGUCGUCGAUUCCUAGCAAGCGAUCCAGUGGAUCUGAAGACUUCGACUUCGACUUGCACUCCAGGCCCUCAAGAAAGCGCUUCGAAACAUUCAAAGUCAGAGAUCGUGACGAUGGCUUUCCCAAUCAUGAAGAUGAGGUGUCUGCCGACGAAGCCAUGUCCGAUUCGGAGGAUGUUAUCGCUGUCGCUCCCAGGAAGUCGAAGCCACUGAGAAAACAUUUCCAGGUGUCCACUGCCCCUUCUGCAAACCCUGCCAGCUCCAUUCCGCUGCCCGGGAGCACCGCUCUCUUCGCCGAGCCUGAUGAGCUGUCCAUUGACAACCGACACUCUUCUGUCGAGACCCCGGGCCGUCAUGGCCAGCCCAUCACACGAAGCGUGGGAGUCGAGGUUCAGCAACUGUUCAACCAGCGUUUGGACGAACGCACAGCAGCGUUGGGCCUCGCGUACGACGCUCGUCUCACACAACAACUCGGAGCAGAGCGCGAGAGACUGGCUGCUAUCUUCGAGGAUGCAGUUCAGAGAAAAGCCCUGCAAGAAAUCCAGAAGCACGAAUCUGACCGUGAGAAGGAGGCUGAGGCCAAAAUUGCUGCUUGCAAGAAAAUAUACGAGUCUAUGAUCAUCGAAAAGGAGGCUGAGGUUGCUGCCGAGAAGAUGGAGUUCGACUCUAUCAUCAACGGGAAGGAGGCCCAGUUCGCUGCUGAGAAGAACAAGCUGGAAUCCUUCAUCGAGGAAAAGGAAGCCCAGCUUGCCGCAGUGCACCGCAAGUGCGAAGCAUUUAUCGAAGAAAGGGAAGUUCAGCUCGCUGCCGAGAAGACGCAGUUCCAAGCUGACACCAAGGCUGAGGCUGAAGCUCAGAUCGCUGCGGCGAAGGCGCAGAUCGACUCUAUGGUAAAGGAGCAGGUACAGAACGCAAUGAAGGAAGAGAAAGCCAGAAUGAUGGAGUUCUUGCAAAGUAUGUAAAAUCGCUGCGAAGCAAGUGUCAGCGAUGGUGGCUCUGUUAUCUGGUGCAGCGCCGCAGUUGCACUGUUGUCCUUCGAAACUUUGGCAGUGACUACCUUUUAGUGGAGGAAGCGAGUUGGAAGCGCGAGGCUUCUUGCUGCUGCUACGUCCUUUUUUUGGUGACCUUGUACAUACACACUUGGAACAGAUAGCAGCACUCAACAGCGAACUCGUUCAAUACAGC